GGGGACAAUUGUGGUGGAACGGCUGAACCCAGCUGACUACGGACUAUUUUCCACUUGCUAAAUUAUCCGUUGACAGAUUUCACCACUCAUUGAGAUACAGUGCUACAUAGUCAAAAGCAUCCGUGAAUGCUACUGACGAUUCCAGACAUUUGGGAACAAUGCCUCGAUUGUCACCUCACAGAGUACACGCGUACGGAGGCUGAAGUGGUCUCUGUCGCGCAGAUACGUAUAUAUACUCUCCAGAGACCCUGCUCGUAGCACAUCCAUCGACUCUUCGCUCCUUACGCUCCUUACCCCCCACUCGCUAUGGAUCAAUUCCGUAAAAUAUUUAAGUUGUCUGGACAGGACAGCCAUGAAAAAUUACUCAAGCACUCCAAAUCGAUGCCGCUUCGGAAGGCUAAGUCUCCUAAGGAGCGGGACGGAGAAGGCUCGAAGUCCGUCCGUCGCACCAAAGAGCCGUUCAAGACCAGUCGUCCGAAUGAUGUUGAACAGAUGCCUGGUGUGCCGGUCACUCAGCAUCAACAUUCCUACGGCGCUGGCUUACAUGGAUCGUUUGGCGACCUCCUUGACAGGUUUCCCGAUCCGCCGGGUCCACCUCCACGGCCGAUUCGCAACCCCCUGAGGGCAACAUCUCUUAACAACGCAUCCCAUGUGACCAAUGCCACUCCUUCCUGUCCGACUGCAGUUAGAUAUCCAUCAUUACUAGACCAAUCCCGUGGCCGCCAACACCGCAAAUUUGCGAUUCAUCAAGUCAUCCCAAUUCCCGACUCGAAUCAUGAUACAAACAUAGUGGUCCCAGAAAAUGUGGUCCUUGGUAGCGUUAUACCACGUCGCGCGGCAAGGGACCGUGCACAAACGGAAGCACACUCUUAUGGGAGCGAUCCCUACCAAGCUCAUCAUCUGGCCUCCCAUACCGGUUCCGGCAGAGGUAGCGGACUGCAUUCGCGAGACGCCACUAUUGCAGAACGCAUGGACACUGGAGAGCGUGAACGCGCCCGUAAAUGGAUCGCUGAAUCUCCUUUGGCCCCCCCUGCUUACGAAGACAGCCCCUACAAUCUGCGUCCAGUGCGCUUCGACAUGCAGAAUUCUAAAUGCGCCAAGGUGGGGCUUGACUGUCAUGCUCAGCUGGCCACCGGGACCGGGCGCCCCCUGGAUGCGCGGUACGACGGACAAUAUCAUCGGUUAUUAGGCCCGAGCCUGCCAAGGGGUCUUGUUCCGGAAGUUGGGUCUAAUUGGUCGAACGACGUCCUCCCCAGGGCCGUUUGUUCUUGCGCGACUGGUCGGAUCUGAGUGUCUGCAUAUGACUUAGCACAUAGAUCAAGCUUCAAGUUGGGAGUGUCAUGGCAAU